AUGUCGCAACCAUGUCCACCCUGCCCUCGCCCGCCUUUAAACUUUGGCAAUAGCGUCACAUCGCCUUGUUCACCACCAAAAGCUUGUUUCUCCUUGCAGUUAAGACCUCCCAAGCUCUCAAUCCGUCCGACGCCGUGCUUGGGUUUCCCUUGGCAAUUCCGGCUCCUUGCUUGA